GAGAGGAGAGGAGAUCAGCAGCAGCAGCUCGACGCCAUGGCGACCGACAAGUCCGACGUGGACGUGCUGACGUCCGUGCUGUCCGCCAUGACGGUGCGCCACCACGACGAGAACCUCGUGACGCAGCGCCCCGCCGCCACGCUCAAGGAGAUCCUCGAGAAGAUCCGCGCCAACAAGGACCAGAUCCGCGAGCUGGACCUCAAGGACAUGGCGGCCAAGAAGCGCAAGCUCAGGCCGGCGGGCGGGGACCUCGUGGGCCGCGUCUUCCAGCUCAACCGCACGGUGCUGCGGCUGCUGCUGCCCGACCACGACAUCGAGGACGUGGGCGCCAAGGCCAUGGGCAACAUGCUGCGCGCCAACAACACGCUGCAGCACUUGGACCUGCGCGGCAACGAGAUCACGGCCGAGGGUGCGGCCGCCAUCAGCGACGCGCUGUACGGCCACGAGUCGCUGGAGCACCUGGGGCUCUCCAGCAACAAGCUGGGGGACGCUGGCGCCAAGGCCAUUGCCCAGGUUCUGCCGUAUAAUAUCUCGUUGAAGUACCUGGGCCUCGCCAAUAACGGCAUUGGCGAGGAGGGCGGUAAGGCUUUGUUGGAGGCUAUUCUGCAGAACAGGUCGCUGGUCAUGGUGCAGCUGGUGAAGAAUGAUAUCCCCAAGGAGAUCCUGGACAAGAUCCGGUCGGCCCUCGUGGUGAACAAGCUCAUGGAGCAGAAGGCUAAAAGGGACGAGGAGAGGGAGAAGGAGCUCGCUAGGUUGAGGGAGGAGGUGGCGAACAACCAGGACGAAGACAGCUCCAGCGACGAAAGUGAGGAUGACGAGUCCCUCUGGAUUUAGAGUGGGGGCGUGGAAAUUGUGAGCAUCCCCUUGCGAUGGAGUGGUGCCUACUGGUAGCUGAGUUGAGUAUGUGCAGAGCUGAGAAUGAAGUGAUCUCUAGUUGU